GUAUAGAGAAUGAUGAAGAAAUUAAACAAUUAGAUGAAGAAAUAAAAGAACUAAAUGAAUCCAACUCUCAGAUGGAAGCUGAUAUGAUUAAACUCCGAACUCAGGUAACAAUUACCACAAUGGAGAGCAACCUGAAGACAAUAGAAGAGGAGAACAAAGUAAUUGAACAACAAAAUGAAUCUCUUCUUCAUGAAUUGGCCAAUUUAAGCCAGUCUUUAAUUCAUAGUCUAGCUAAUAUCCAGCUACCACAUAUGGAACCAAUCAAUGAACAAAAUUUUGAUGCUUACGUGACCACUUUGACGGACAUGUAUACAAAUCAAGAUCGUUAUCAGAGUCCAGAAAAUAAAGCCCUACUGGAAAAUAUAAAGCAGGCUGUGAGAGGAAUUCAGGUGUGA